AUGAACCCCGCUCCAGGGUCCCCUCCACCCCCGCCGCCCGGGCAGCAAGUGAUCCACGUCACUCAGGACCUCCUCACCGACCUCGAUGCCCUCUUCGACUCGGCCACCAACCCCAAGCCCAGCUCCUGGAGGAAGAAGAUCCUGCCAGAGUCCUUCUUCAAGGAGCCCGACUCCGGCUCCCACUCGCGCCAGUCGAGCACCGACUCGUCGGGCGGCCACCCAGGACCGCGGCUGGCUGGCGGCGCCCAGCAUGUCCGCUCGCACUCGUCGCCCGCUUCCCUGCAGCUGGGCACCGGGGCAUCGACGGUACACGGCCCCGCGGGCAGCGCCGCGCAGCAGCACGCGCACCUCCGCCAGCAGUCCUACGACGUGACCGACGAGCUGCCGCUGCCUCCUGGCUGGGAGAUGACCUUCACACCCACGGGCCAGAGGUACUUCCUCAAUCACAUAGAAAAAAUCACCACAUGGCAAGACCCGAGGAAGGUGAUGAAUCAGUCCAUGAAUCACAUGAAUCUGCAUCCAGCUCCCACCUCCACGGCGAUGCCUCCGAGGCCCAUGGCGGUGUCCCAGUCCAGUCUUGUGAUGAAUCAUCAACACCAGCAGCAAAUGGCUCCCAGCAGCCUGAGCCAGCAGACCCACCCUCCUCAGAACCCAGCAGGACUCAUGGGCAUGCCCAACGCGCUGACCUCCCAACAGCAGCAACAGCAGAAACUGAGGCUUCAGAGGAUCCAGAUGGAGAGGGAGCGAAUCAGAAUGCGCCAAGAGGAGCUCAGGAGACAGGAAGCUGCUCUCUGUAGGCAGCUCCCCAUGGAAGCUGAGGUCCUGGCCUCCAUGCAAGCUCCUGUGGUCAACCCACCUGCCAUGAACCCUGACGUGAGAUCCAUCAGUAACAAUGGCUCUGAUCCUUUCCUCAAUGGAGGGCCAUAUCAUUCUAGGGAGCAGAGCACAGACAGUGGCCUGGGACUGGGGUCCUACAGUGUCCCCACCACUCCGGAAGACUUCCUCAGCAACGUGGAUGAGAUGGACACAGGAGAGAACGUGGCACAGGUCCCUAUGAACAUCAACCCCCAGCAGACUCGCUUCCCGGAUUUUCUUGACUGUCUUCCGGCCACAAACGUUGACCUGGGAACGCUGGAAUCUGAAGAUCUAAUCCCUCUCUUCAAUGAUGUGGAGUCGGCCCUGAACAAAAACGAGCCCUUUCUAACCUGGCUCUAA